AAAUACGCGAAGAUGGCGGCCGCGGCCUCGCCGGGCUCCGGCUCGUCGCCGGGCUCCGGCUUGUUCGCCUCCUCGGACUGGAUUGUAGUGAGAGACGGCUGCCUGCGCUGCGAUGAGGAGGGCCUGCGGAGCCUCUCCUACCACCCGGCCCUGAACGCUAUUUUAGCCGUCACCAGCCGCGGCAGCAUAAAAGUGAUUGACGGCACUUCGGGGGCCAUUCUCCAGGCUUCAGCGCUCCACGCCAAACCUGGUGGUCGUGUCAGGUGUCAGUACUUUCCCGCAGUGGACAAGGUGCUUUUUGUGGAUGACUACGCCGUUGGCUGCAGAAAGGACCUGAACGGCAUCCUGCUUCUGGACACAGCCCUCCAGCCUCCCGUGGCCAAGCCGGAGGACAUGGUUCAGCUGGAGCUGCCGGUCACAGAGGCUCAGCAGAUGCUGUCUGCCUGUCAGGAAAAGAUCGAUGUGUCCAACACCGAGGGCUACGAGCUCUUUAUCAGCCAGCUCAAAGAAGGUCUAAAGAAUACCUCGCAUGAGACUGCAGCCAAUCACAAAGUGGCCAAGUGGGCAACAGUGACCUUCCAUCUUCCUCAUCAUGUGCUGAAACUUGUGGCCAGUGCCAUCGUCAAUGAGUUGAAGAAAAUCAAUCAGAACGUUGCUGCCUUGUCUGUGGCCUCCUCCAUCAUGGACCGGCUCUCCUACCUCCUGUCCAGCGCCAGGCCUGAGCUCGGGGUGGGCCCCGGGCGCUCUGUAGAUCGAUCACUGAUGUACAGCGAGGCCAACAGGCGGGAGACGUUUACAUCAUGGCCACACGCUGGAUACAGAUGGGCUCAGCCUGAUCCCAUGGCUCAAGCAGGGUUUUACCACCAGCCUGCCUCAACAGGGGAUGACAGAGCCAUGUGUUUCACCUGCAGUGUGUGUCUGGUCUGUUGGGAACCUACAGAUGAGCCCUGGUCUGAACAUGAGCGUCAUUCUCCCAACUGUCCGUUUGUAAAGGGAGAGCAUACGCAGAACGUCCCGCUGUCAGUGACACUCGCAACAAGCCCCGCCCAGUUUCCCAACAGCCCCGACAGUUCAGACAAAAUUGCCUGUUACGGUUUCGGCAGCUGCCCACAGUUUCUGGCUGCAGCCACAAAGAGGGGCAAGAUCUGUAUCUGGGAUGUUUCCAAAAUGAUGAAGGUGCACUUGAAGUUUGACAUCAACCCGUAUGACCCGGCCAUCCUCAGGCAGCUGGUCCUGUGCAGUGGGGAGCAGGGCCAGCAAGUUCUGACCGAGUCUCGGAGACCAACUCUGACCUGGUUGGAGGAGUCGUCGUCUUGCUCUGACCUGCCCAAGUUAGAGGGAGACAGUGAUGACCAGUUGGAGGACUCGGACAGUGAAGAUCAUUCCCGGUCUGAGUCAGUAACGGGCCACCCAUCCCAGUGGGAGAGCAUGGACCUGAGCCUCGGGGUGACGGCGUUAAGUGUACUCCAUCAGCCAGAGAAGCUUCAGUGGGAGGUGGUGGCCAGUGUACUGGAGGACACAGUGAAGGACUUGGAGGAGCUGGGAGCAAACCCCUCAUUAAACCAAACCAAGGCCCACAGCCAGGCAAAAACUAAAGACAAGGUGCCCGAGCACCACAACAUUCCCUUUCCCUGCCUGUUGGCUGGAGGCCUGCUCAGUUACUGCUCAGCAUCCAGCACCCCCAUGCCUGUGCCCCCCACCGCAACUCCAUCUUCAACACGUAGGACCACAGGGGGUCCACAUAGGACUCAGGGCCCUGAGACUUUCCCUGGCCCUUUACAGGAACAAGGUCCCAUGGAGAUAGAUCCUUGUAACCCCCAGACUGCAGCCCAGGAGCAGAGUUUUUCUAAUCUUUCAGGUUCUCAGCUUACGAGUCCCUCCUCUCUGCCAGUUGUACGAAGAACUAUACCGAUGCUGCUCCUGUACAGCAUCAGAGAGGUGGACGACAAGUCCUCAGGACAGGUCUUUGCUCACAUGAACAACCUGAUGAGCAAGGGGCUCCAUGAGGAGGGCUUCACUGUGCCACAAAUCAUUGAGAUGGAGUUUGAUACUCAUGAGCAGCUGCUUCUUCAGGAUCCUCCGAUCACCUACAUUCAGCAGUUUGCUGAUGCAGCAACUAAUCUGGCAGGGCUGGAUGGUCACAUGGACAAAUGGAGCACGUUGGCCGCAGCAUCUGUCUCCACUCCACCUCGACCUGGAGCACUGGUGCAGUGCUUGAGGCUGCCAAAACAGCUGGAGGAAGAGAAUCUUUAUGUGGACUCCAUUAUGCCGUGUUGGGACGGAGUCCACCUUCUGGUUUGCUUGCAGCCUUGUGGCUCCGAGUCUCUCAGUGCUACAAACCAAGUGGAGGCUCUGAACAAUCUCAACCGUCUCCAUUCAGCCUUGUGCAGCCAGCGCAAAGUAGACCCUCUUCACACAGUGGCCAAUGGUGUGGAGGGCCAUCACCCAGGGGGGUCACCACCACAGACUCCCCUCAUACUACCCCCAGGAGACCACCAGCAGCAGCAGAGGUCCCCGAGUCGUGGCAGUGGAGGGGGCUAUCUUGCACUCUACAAGCUCAACUACUCCACCCGCAUUGUCACUUUGGAAGAGGAGCCCAUUAAGGUGCAGCAGAUCAGGGACUCUUGUGAUGCCAUUACCUCCCAUAUAUUACUCCCCCCAGAUGUGCUUGACAGCAGAGAAGAUGAGAGCGAAGAGGCCUCUGAGGAGGCUCUUCCUUCCGCUCCAAAGAAUGGUUUAUCUGGGCUUGAAACAGGUCCAGGAAGCUCUGCUUGCUCUGGAACUGGGACUGCAUGUGGAGCAGCCACAACCAGUAGCAGCAUUGGUGUCACCAGUCUUUCCACCUCUGCCUCCAACCAUAAAGAGUGCAGACGAGCAGAUAUGGCAGGCCUGGGUCACCUGGUGGUCACCACACAGGCUGGGUAUAUUAUGAUUUUGGACUUGACCACAUUGGAGGUUCUGGCUAAAGUGGAACCACCUAAAAAGGAGGGGUUAGCUGAAGAAACGGACCCUUUUGUCUCAGUUACUUACUGCUCUGGGACCGACCGCCUCUGUGCCUGCACUAAAGGUGGAGAACUUCAUUUCCUUCAAAUUGGAGGUGUUUGUGACGAUGUAGAUGAUGGAGACAUGUUUAUUGAUGGCCCCCUUUCUAAAGGGGCUGAACCACUGCUUGAGGGGGUCAAGCCUUCCUCCAACCCUUCCAGUCCUGGAAUCACAGGAGUGGAUCUCCUGGUGGACCAACCACUGACCACUGAGGGCCUCAUGUCUUUGGUGGAAUUGACUCGCUUUGAGACACUGACGCCUCGUUUCUCGGCCACCGUGCCCCCAUGCUGGGUGGAGGUACAGCAGGAGCAGCAGCAGCGACGGCACCCACAGCAUCUUCACCAGCAGCAUCAUGGAGAUGCAGCCCAGCACACCCGCACCUGGAAGCUCCAGAGUUACAGUUCCAGCUGGGAUGAACACGUGUUUGAGCUGGUGCUGCCCAAAGCCUGCAUGGUUGGCCACGUAGACUUCAAGUUUGUCCUGAAUGCCAACAUUGUGAACAUUCCUCAGAUCCAGGUCACGCUACUGAAGAACAAAGCACCCGGGCUGGGCAAAGUCAGUGAGACAGCAGUGGACAGACAGAUCUCCUUUCCUCUUUCAAACCUUCUCCAUGCAAACGGUGAGAAGAACGGCCAGCCUCUGCUGCAGGACUUCACAGAGGACAUCCAGUUCAUGGACAUCGAAGAAACAUCAGGCUCGAUGUUGUGUCCGUUCCUCGAGGAUCACAAGGAGGACAUUCUGUGCGGUCCAGUGUGGAUGGCCAGUGGACUGGACCUCUCUGGGCACUCUGGCAUGCUCAGCCUCACCAGUCCCAAACUGGUCAAAGGCAUGGCAGGAGGGAAGUACCGCUCCUUCCUGGUUCACCUCAAAGCUGUGAGUGACUGUGGCAUGGAGGAGGGUCCGAGGCCCAUGGUGAGAAUGCCCAGUGCAAAGCCUCAAAGCUCCAAAGUCCACUCCCUGUCCACCCUGCUGCAACAGGCUCAGACUUCCAAGGAGAGGGCUUCUGCGGGAAAAACUGAAAACUCAGCACAGUCAAAGAAAGUUGAGAACCUGCGAGGCUGUGACCUGCUGCAGGAAGUUUCAGUCACAAUCAGAAGGUUUAAGAAGACGUCAGUUCCCAAAGAAAGGGUCCAACGCUGUGCUAUGCUGCAGUUCCCAGACUUCCACGAGAAGCUGCUGGAUGCUCUGUGUCGGCGGACGGAGGGCAGCCUGGCCACUGAGCAUGCUCAAAGCCUCAUUCUAGACAUUCUGUGCUGGCUCGCUGGAGUUUUCUCCAACGGACCCUGCAGCAUCAGAGAAGGAAAGGAGGACCUGCUUGCUAAAACCCAGACGAGGUUAUUAGAAAUAGUUCGGGUGUGUUUCUUUGAAGCAGGCCGCAGUAUAGCACAUAAAUGUGCUCGUUUUCUUGCACUUUGUAUAAGCAAUGGCAAAGGAGAACAAAGUCAACAGGGUUUUGGUGUGAGUCUUUUGAAGGCUCUUCUUGAUAAUAUGCCUUAUUUACCUGCAGCAGCAACAGGUGGUUCAGUGUUCUGGUACUUUGUGUUGCUAAACUACGUGAAGGAGGAGGAUCUGGCCGGCUGUAGCACAGCAUGCGCCUCCCUGCUCACUGCCAUCUCUCGCCAGCUGCAGGACCGACUCACUCCACUGGAAGCACUGCUGCAAACCAGGUACGGUCUGUACAGCUCUCCCUUUGAUCCGGUGCUCUUUGACCUGGAGGUCAGCGGUUCCUCCUGUAAGAACGCCUUCAGCAGCAGCACUGGAGUUCAGUCAGAUGAGAUUGACCUCUCUGACAUCCUCUCGGGAAAUGGAAAAGUGAGCAGCUGUGCGGCAGCAGAGGGCAGCUUCACCGCUCUGACUGGGCUCCUGGAGGUGGAGCCUUUGCACUUUACUUGCAUCUCCACCAGUGAUGGAACACGGGUGGAAAGAGAUGAUGCCAGCAUGUUCACUGUAAGCACGUUUGGUGUGACCCCAGCUGUGGGUGGCCUGUCGACGGGGACGGUUGGAGAAGCUUCAACGGCUCUGAGUUCUGCAGCUCAGGUGGCUCUCCAGUCUCUGUCUCAUGCCAUGGUGUCAGCUGAGCAGCAACUGCAGGUCCUGCAGGAGAAACAGCAGCAGCUAUUAAAACUGCAGCAACAGAAGGCAAAGCUGGAGGCCAAACUUCAUCAGACCACCUCUGCAGCAGCUGCUGUGGCCUCCGGAGUGGGACCCAUCCACAACUCUGUGCCUUCAAACCCCUCGUCUGCUCCGGGUUUCUUCAUCCACCCCUCUGACGUCAUCCCACCCACUCCUAAAACCACGCCCCUCUUCAUGACCCCUCCUCUCACGCCGCCAAACGAAGCAGUAUCUGCGGCCUUCAGCUCGGAGCUUGCUCACCUAUUUCCAGGCUCCAUGAUGGAGUCUGGGCCUGUCAACCUGGCAGCGCACAAGAACACACAGAAGACCAAAACGAGCCCUAUGGGCAGUGGUCUCGCUCUGGCCAUUUCCCAGGCAUCUCACUUCCUGCAGCCUCCUCCACAUCAGUCCAUCAUCAUAGAGCGAAUGCACUCUGGGGCUCGUCGCUUUGUUACUCUGGACUUCGGCCGUCCUGUCCUGCUGACGGACGCACUGAUCCCGACCUGUGGUGAUCUGGCUUCUCUGUCCAUCGACAUCUGGACUCUGGGGGAGGAGGUGGAUGGUCGCAGGCUGGUGGUGGCUACAGACAUUAGCACCCAUUCACUCAUUCUGCAUGACCUGCUACCACCACCAGUCUGCAGGUUCAUGAAGAUUACGGUUAUUGGGCGCUAUGGCAGUACCAGUGCACGGGCCAAGAUACCACUGGGCUUCUACUACGGACACACAUACAUCCUUCCAUGGGAGAGUGAACUUAAACUGAUGCAUGAUCCUCUGCGAGGAGAGAGUGAGGCUGCCAGCCAGCCAGAUGUGGACCAACAUCUGACAAUGAUGGUGGCUCUACAAGAAGAUAUCCAGUGCAGGUACAAUCUAGCUUGCCAUCGGCUGGAGACUCUUCUACAGAAUAUCGAUCUGCCCCCUCUCAACAGUGCAAAUAAUGCUCAGUACUUCCUCCGAAAGCCAGACAAGGUGGUUGAGGAGGACCAGCGUGUUUUCUCAGCCUAUCAGGACUGCAUCCAGCUGCAGCUCCAACUCAACUUGGCUCACCAUGCCGUCCAGCGGCUGCGCGUCUCACUGGGCGCCAGCCGCAAGUUCUUGCCCACAAUGGGUGAUCCAGAAGCUCAAGAGCUGGUUCACAACUCAUCCACAGAGCAGCUGAGGACCAUCAUUCGGUACCUGCUGGACACACUGCUCAGCCUGCUGCACUCCAAUAAUGGACACUCUGUUCCCUCAGUUCUCCAGAGCACCUUCCAUGCUAAAGCCUGUGAAGAGCUUUUCAAGCACCUCUGUAUCAGUGGGACGCCUAAGAUCCGUCUUCAUGCUGGCCUGCUGUUGGUGCAGCUCUGUGGAGGUGAACGCUGGUGGGGCCAGUUUGUCUCCAAUGUGCUGCAGGAGCUCUACAAUUCUGAACAGCUGCUCAUUUUCCCUCAGGACAGAGUCUUCAUGCUCCUGUCCUGCAUCGGCCAAAGAUCUCUGAGUAACAGUGGUGUUUUAGAGGGCCUCCUCAACCUCCUGGACAACUUGUUGUCUCCACUGCAGCAGCCACAAGCUACCUUUCAACGCAGGACUGAAGGUAUUUUGGAUAUUCCAAUGAUCAGCUGGGUCGUGAUGCUGGUUUCCAGACUGUUGGACUACGUAGCCAGUAUAGAAGAUGAGGCUUCAGGAGGCAAAAAGAACCUUGGAGGGAAGGAACGGGACAAACCUGCAUCAGGUAUUCAGUGGAGUUUCAUUAACAACAACCUUCAGUCUCAGAACACAAGCAGGGCAGCUAAAGGUAGCAGUAGCCUGGAUCGUCUUUACUCACGCAAACUCCGCAAGCAGCUCGUCCAUCACAAGCAGCAGCUAAACCUUUUGAAAGCUAAACAGAAAGCUUUGGUUGAGCAAAUUGAGAAGGAUAAGAUCCAAAGCAACAAAGGUUCCUCCUAUAAACUGCUGGUGGAACAGGCCAAACUUAAACAAGCCACUUCCAAGCACUUUAAAGACUUAAUCCGUCUGCGACGAACAGCCGAAUGGUCUCGUUCCACGUUGGACGCAGAGUCAACCUCAGCCAAAGAAGCCCCAGAAGUAGAACCUUUGCCCUUCACAUUGUCCCACGAGCGCUGCAUCUCUGUGGUUCAGAAGCUCGCCCUCUUCCUCCUCUCCAUGGAUUUCACCUGCCACGCAGACUUGUUACUUUUUGUCUGCAAGGUGCUUGCUAGAAUUGCAAAUGCUACCAGACCUACAAUCCACCUGUGUGAGGUUGUGUCUGAGCAGCAGCUGGAACGUCUUUUGCUACUGCUUGUCGGGACAGAUUUCAAUCGGGGGGACAUCUCCUGGGGGGGAGCCUGGGCUCAAUAUUCUCUGACGUGUAUGAUGCAGGACAUCCUGGCAGGUGAACUGCUGUCUCCAGUUUCUCUGGAUGCCAUGGAUGAGGUGGUGGUUGUGGGUGAGGAGGCUGGAGCGUCGUCCUCCUCGGCAGUGGCAGAUUCAGAUGACUCUCUGUCCCAGCCAGCUUCCAUCCCCCUGGUGGAGAGCAUCGACGAGGCUCUGGUGCCUGAUAUCAUCGCAGGUACUACAGGGACCUCUUCAGUGUUUCAAAGUGCUCCACCUCUGUCAUUUUUGGAAAAAGAUAAAGACAUAGACUUUGACUUGCUACAAGACCUGAUGGAUGUUGAUAUUGAUCCUUUAGAUAUUGAUUUGGAAAAAGAUCCACUCGCUGCCAAAGUGUUUAAGCCCAUCAGCAGCACCUGGUAUGACUACUGGGGGGCUGACUAUGGCACAUACGGGUACAACCCUUACAUUGGAGGGGUUGGUAUUCAAGGGUCCAAACCUACAGUUGCUGCUGAGAAACCUGGUUCACAGAGUCUGACUGUGUCCGUGUCACAAGCACUGGAUGCCCGCCUUGAAGUGGGCCUCGAGCAGCAGGCGGAGCUGAUGCUAAAAAUGAUGGCAACGUUACAGGCUGACUCCAUCCUACAGGCUCUCAGUUCAAGUUCCUCCACAAUAAACCAGCCCUCCAAUGGAACUGAUGACUCCCUGCUCCGAGCUCUCCACUGUGGGGGCUCUUCUCCAGUUGGCAGCCUGAUGGUCCAGCCCUCCUCCAUCCCUAUUCUGAGUUCGUGCUUCAACAAGCUUUUCUCCAUGCUGCAGGUCCACCAUGUACAGCUCGAGUCGUUGCUGCAGCUGUGGUUAACACUCAGCCUCAACACGUGUUCUGGUGGCAGUGAAGAAAGUGGAUCAGAUAUUUUCCUGUUUAAUGCCAGCCGAGUGCCCACCAUCCCACUCAACCAAGCAUCCAUCAGCAGUUUCCUGUCUGUGCUGGCGUGGUACCCCAACACUUCCUUGAGGACCUGGUGUCUGGUGCUACACUCGCUCACUCUCAUGACUAACAUGCCAGCUGCUGCAACCAGCAGUGGGAUGAGCUCUCAGGAGAACACAGCUCAACAGAUGGUCUCCGACCCCAACAUGGUUCAUGUGCUGGUACGCUUUCUGUCCAGCAGCAGCACCAACGGAACAAGCCAGCACAGCUCUCAGGUGGGACCCACUGCUACCCAGGCUAUGCAUGAGUUUCUAAGCCGGCUGCAGGUCCACCUGUCCUCCACCUGUCCCCAGAUGUUUAGCGAGUUCCUGCUCAAACUCAUGCACAUCCUGUCAACUGAGAGGGGUCCAUUCCAGUCUGGUCAGGGUCCACUGGACGCUCAGGUGAAGCUCCUGGAGUUUACGUUGGAGCAAAACUUUGAAGUGGUGUCAGUGGCUACUAUUUCCUCUGUCAUUGAGUCUAUCACGUUCCUGGUUCAUCACUACAUCACCUGCUCAGACAAGGUGGUCUCCCGCAGCGGCUCGGACAGUUCAGUGGGUGCCCGUGCCUGCUUUGGGGGUCUAUUCGCCAACAUCAUCCGACCAGGAGACAUUAAGGCUGUCUGCGGAGAAACCACUCGCGACCAGCUGAUGUUCAACCUUCUAAAACUGGUCAAUGUGUUGGUGCAGCUCCCUCUGUCUGGAGACAGGGAGUUCAGUGGACGACUGCCGCCGGUCGGCAGCGGGACAGCUGAUAGCAGCGUGUCGGACGAAGAGAAGGUCUGUGGCAGCAAGGAAAGCGUGGCUGGUGGAUCCACUUCCAGUCAUGGUCCUGCUGCAGGUGUGGCUGACUUAGUGCUGGCCAAUCAGCAAAUAAUGAGCCAGAUCCUGUCCGCACUGGGUCAGUGCAACAGUAGUGCCAUGGCCAUGAUCAUAGGUGCCAGUGGUCUCCACCUUACCAAACACGAGAACUUCCACGGUGGUCUGGAUGCUAUCUCAGUGGGCGAUGGCCUCUUCACCAUCCUCACCACUCUGAGCAAGAGGGCCAGCUCAGUCCAGGUCAUGUUACAGCCCAUCCUCACAUACAUGGCCUGCGGUUACAUGGGUAGACAGGGGUCUCUGUCCACCUGCCAGCUGUCUGAACCACUUCUGUGGUUUAUCCUCCGAGUACUGGACACCAGUGAAGCUCUGAAGGCUUUUCACGAUAUGGGUGGUGUACAGUUGAUUUGUAAUAACAUGGUAACGAGCACCAGAGCCAUUGUGAACACAGCACGCAGUAUGGUGUCCACCAUCAUGAAGUUCUUGGAUUCAGGUCCUGGAAAGACUGCAGAUGGGAACCUUAAAGCCAGAGUGAUGACUUCAGAGCCAGACAAUGCAGAGGGACUGCACAACUUUGCUCCUUUAGGUACAAUCACAUCCAGCAGCCCCACAGCACAGCCAGCAGAGGUUCUCCUUCAGGCCACCCCACCCCAUCGUCGGGCGCGCUCAGCAGCCUGGUCCUACAUCUUCCUGCCUGAGGAGGCGUGGUGUGAUCUUACCAUCCACCUUCCAGCUGCUGUGCUGCUGAAAGAAGUCCACAUUCAGCCACACCUUGCUUCUCUGGCCACUUGCCCGUCCUCAGUGUCAGUGGAGAUCAGCGCAGAUGGGGUCAACAUGUUGCCGCUCUCCACUCCAGUCAUCACCAGUGGAUUAACAUACAUAAAGAUCCAGUUGGUGAAAGCAGAGGUUGCAUCUGCUGUUUGCCUGAGGCUGCACCGGCCUCGAGAUGCCAGCUCUUUGGGUCUUUCUCAGAUCAAACUCUUGGGUCUGACGGCAUUUGGAAACACAUCCUCAGCAACAGUCAACAACCCCUUUCUGCCUUCUGAGGACCAAGUGUCCAAAACCAGCAUCGGGUGGCUUCGUCUUCUCCACCACUGCCUGACCCACGUCAGUGACCUGGAAGCCAUGAUGGCCAGUGCUGCAGCACCCACAGCCAAUCUGCUCCAGACCUGUGCUGCACUGCUCAUGUCACCUUACUGUGGCAUGCACUCCCCCAACAUCGAGGCAGUGCUGGUCAAGAUAGGCCUGCAGUCCACAAAGAUUGGACUGAAACUCAUAGACAUUUUGUUGAGAAACUGUGCCGCCUCUGGCACCGACCCUGCCAAUCUGAACAGUCCUCUGCUGUUCGGGAGGCUCAACGGUCUCUCCUCCGACUCCACUAUUGAUAUUCUGUACCAGCUGGGGACCACACAGGAUUCAGGGACCAAAGACCGGAUCCAGGCUCUUCUGCAGUGGGUCCAUGACUCCUCUCGAGUGGCUGCCCAUAAGAUGAGCGCUUUUAUGGGUUUCUCUGGUUCUGGCUCCUCUGCUUCUUUGAGGGAAUAUGGCCUCCUCAUGCCGUCUCCUUCCCAUCUCCACUGUGUGGCAGCCAUCCUGUGGCACAGCUACGAGCUGCCAGUUGAUUACGACCUCCCUGCUCUUCUCAACAGAGAGCUCUUUGAGCAACUUUAUAGUUGGUCCAUGUCACUGCCAUCCAACAUAGUACUGAAGAAGGCUGUGGACAGCCUGCUGUGCUCCACCUGUCAUAUCCACCCCAGCUACUUCGCCUUGCUCAUGUCCUGGAUGGGCAUUGUCUCAGUUCCCAGCGCCACGCACUCUCAAGCCCAGCAACGCCGCCUUGCCAUGACCGACGAUGGAAAAAAACAGCACGAUGCCAAUGCAAAUGCCACAGGACUUACAGAUGACUCCAAGCAUGCAAGACCUCCCGUUAGUCUGUCAGAGUCCCAGCUGACCACAUUGUCAGCUGCUUCCCAGUCUCCUGGAGCGAUAGAGCAGCUGCUGGACUCUGGUCUGCCUUCACUGCUGGUCCGCAGCCUUGUUCAGUUCUGUGUCAGCCUCCUGGUCAGUGCUGACCUCCCUCUGCCUGCUGCUCAAGCAGACAGGCGGCACCACCAUCACCACUACCACUCACCCUCCUCUUCCUCACAGAGUCGGCCGCCUCUGGCUGCAGACCUGGCCGCCCCAGUGCUGCGGUUCCUCACAGAAGUUGGCAACAGUCACACCAUGAAAGACUGGCUGGGAGGACCUGAAGUGUACCCACUGUGGACCGCACUGCUCUUCCUGCUCUGCCACUCCAGUGCCAGCACCAGCACUAGUGCAAAUACUGGAGGUCAGCCAUUGAGCUCUGGAUCAGCUGCAGGACCUCCUCCCCCUCAGGCCCAGCAUUCAGGCUCCCGCUUCUCCCUGCUGUCUUCUGGGGAGUCAGGAGGCCUCACCACACAGCAGAGGACCGCUCUGGAGAACGCCACUGUGGCCUUUUUCCUCCAGUGCAUCUCCUGCCACCCCAACAAUCAGCGGCUCAUGGCUCAGGUUCUUUGUGAGCUCUUCCAGUCUGCUCCUCAGCGAGGGAAUGUACCGAUCUCCAGAAACAUCUCGGGCUUUAUUCGAAGACUUUUUCUACAGCUCAUGCUGGAGGAUGAGAAGGUCACAGUCUUCCUCCAGUCUCCCUGUCCGUUGUAUAAAGGACGUAUCAAUGCCACAAGCCAUAUGAUCCAGCAUCCCAUGUACGGAGCAGGUCACAAAUACCGCACUCUCCAUCUGCCAAUCUCCACCACACUGGCUGAAGUCCUGGACCGAGUAUCUGACACACCCAGCAUCACAGCCAAGCUGAUCAAUGAGCAGAAGGAAGACAAGGAGAAGAAGAAUCAUGAAGAGAAGGAGAAGAUGAAGGCAGACAGCGGUUUUCAGGAUAACUACAGUGUUGUUGUGGCCACAGGUCUGAAGUCUCAGUCCAAACGGGCUCUUUCAACACCUCCCCGACCUCCUUCGAGAAGGGGUCGUGUCAUGAGUGACAAACUGACUGCUUCGUCUAGUGUGGACCCUUCAGCAAAAACCAUCAGUGUGCCUGUCUUCCACCUCUACCACAAGCUUCUUCCAGGUCAGCCCCUCCCACCGGAGAUGACCCUGGCUCAGCUGCUGACGCUCCUGUAUGACCGUAAACUGCCACAGGGCUACCAGUCGAUCAACCUGACAGUCAAACUGGGCUCCAAGAUUAUCUCAGACCCUGGUCUUUCAAAGACCGAUUCGUUCAAGAGGCUGCGCACUGAGAAAGUGGACCACUGUGACAUGCUGAACAGCUGUCCUGAUGAAGAACCCAUGAUGGCUGGUGAAGAAUGUCUUGAUGCUGCAACAGAUGAGUCCUUGCUGGACACCAGCCCCAUCCAGUCACCACUGCAGGUCUUUGCUGGCAUGGGGGGCCUGGCCCUGAUCGCAGAGAGGCUGCCUAUGCUCUACCCUGACGUCAUUCAGCAGGUCAGUGCCCCGGUGGUUCCCUCCUCCACACAGGAGAAGCCAAAGGACAGUGACCAGUUUGAGUGGGUGACCAUCGAACAGUCAGGAGAGCUGGUGUACGAAGCACCAGAGUCGAUUGCUGCUGAGCCGCCUCCUGUCAACAAGCAGCAGUCCCAGUCAUCCUCCUCAUCUUCCUCCUCCUCAGUGCAGACCAUGUCCCCCAUCCCCGCCCACUCACUGGCUGCUUUUGGCCUCUUUCUGCGGCUGCCAGGCUACGCCGAGGUGCUGCUGAAGGAGAGGAAGCACGCCCAGUGUCUGCUGCGCCUGGUGCUGGGUGUUACAGAUGACGGAGAAGGCAGCCACAUCCUGCAGUCUCCAUCUGCUAAUGUGUUGCCCACGCUGCCGUUCCACGUCCUCCGAGCGUUGUUCAGCAGCACUCCUCUGACGACAGACGACGGCGUGCUGCUGCGCCGCAUGGCUCUGGAGAUCGGUGCCAUCCACCUCAUCCUGGCUUGUCUGUCAGCUCUUAGCCAUCACGCCCCGCGCAACCCCAACGCCAACAGCGGUGUUUCCGAGCCACAAAUCUCCAGCUGCCACAACGCUGGAACUAGUGAGGAGCAGCAGCUGUACUGGGCUAAGGGAACUGGUUUUGGGACUGGAUCCACAGCCUCGGGCUGGGAUGUAGAACAAGCUCUCACCAAACAGCGGCUGGAGGAAGAGCAUGUUACCUGUCUUCUCCAGGUCUUAGCGAGCUACAUUAACCCAGCAGGCUCCAGCAGCUGCCACGGCGCUGAUGGCCCCUCUGCGGACAGCAGAUCCCAGAACAGCUCAUCUUUGCCAGCAGUGCUGCAGGAGCUGUUGAGCCAGUCCUGCCUCAUUCCUGCCAUGUCCUCCUACCUGCGCAAUGACUCAGUGCUGGAUAUGGCACGUCAUGUCCCACUGUACCGGGCUCUACUGGAGCUACUAAGAGCCAUUUCCACCUACACCUCCCUGGUUCCACUGCUGCUGCCUCUGUCUGCGGACCCCGGACAAGAAGACGAAGAGGAGGAUGAAGAGCACUCUGAAGGACAGACCUCUGUAGGAAUGCUGUUGGCUAAAAUGAAGACGUGUGUUGACACAUACACAAAUCGCCUCAGGUCAAAGAAAGAUAAAAGCAAAGGUGUGGUCAAAGCAGAAGGCUCAGACCCUGAGCCUGAAGGUUUGACACUUCUAGUGCCCGACAUCCAGCGGACAGCUGAGAUCGUCCACGCUGCUACUACCAGUCUACGGCAGGCCAACCAGGAGCGGAAACUAGUUGAGUCUUCGAAGAAGGUCUGCAGCCGACCGAAGCCGUUGUCCAUUCUCCGUUCUUUAGAGGAAAAAUUUGUUGCUGCCAUGAAGAAACUCCAGUUUGACACCUUUGAAAUGGUUUCCGAAGACGAGGAGGGGAAGCUGAUGUUUAAGGUCAACUACCACUACAUGUCUCAGGUUAAAAAUGCCAGCGACACAAACAGUGCAGCCCGAUCUCGGCGCCUGGCCCAGGAGGCAGUGACCCUGUCCACCUCCCUGCCUCUUUCAUCCUCCUCCAGUGUCUUUGUUCGCUGUGAUGAGGAGAGGCUAGACAUCAUGAAGGUUCUCAUCACAGGCCCAGCAGACACCCCAUACGCCAACGGUUGCUUCGAGUUCGAUGUAUAUUUUCCCCAGGACUACCCCAACUCACCUCCCCUGGUUAAUCUGGAGACCACAGGGGGACACAGUGUGCGCUUCAACCCUAACCUGUACAACGAUGGCAAGGUGUGUUUAAGUAUCUUGAACACGUGGCACGGCAGACCAGAGGAGAAAUGGAACCCUCAGACCUCGAGCUUUUUACAGGUGUUGGUGUCGGUGCAGUCCCUCAUCCUAGUGGCUGAGCCGUACUUUAAUGAGCCCGGCUAUGAGCGCUCCCGCGGCACCCCCAGUGGCACCCAGAGCUCCCGAGAGUAUGACGGCAACAUCCGACAGGCCACCGUCAAGUGGGCCAUGCUGGAGCAGAUCCGUAACCCGUCACCAUGCUUCAAAGAGGUGAUCCAUAAACAUUUCUACCUGAAGAGAGCAGAGAUCAUGACUCAGUGUGAGGACUGGAUCGCUGACAUCCAGCAGUACAGCAGUGACAAGAGGGUCGGGCGCACCAUGUCCCAUCAUGCUGCUGCACUGAAGAGACACACAGCUCAGCUCAGAGAGGAGCUCCUGAAGCUGCCCUGCCCGGAGGGCCUGGAGCCCGACGCCGACGAGUUCUGUGAGAAGAACGCCGCCUUCAUCCUCAAAGACAUGGCCGGUCAGGAUGCAGAGAAGCCCAGUGGCAGUCAGGACAGCCACUGCAGCGAGGGCCAGCUAUGAGACUCAACUCCCCCCACCACCAUCCUCUUUAUGAUUCUUUAAAGACUUGAUGGCUUCUGAGCCACAACUUUGUCAAUAUUUGUAUGUAAAGAUCUAAUUGCAGAAUAGUUGAAACCGUGGGGACUCUAGAGGCCGACGAGACAAACUGAACUAUGCUACGCCCUUAUUAAAGAGUCAACAAGAUCUUUUAUUUACCUGUAAAAGACUAUAAACAUUUUUUGUGCUUUUUUUCCCCAAUUGUGAAAUAACCACUGAUUGGUAUAAUAUUAAACUUGUUUAUGUAUACAUAAUGGCAGAGGAAAAAGACAGAUUAUAUAAGGGAAACUACCUUUAGAGAAGAAUGUUUACUGAAUGUUUUUUUUUAAUCAUUAUUAUUUCUUUUGGUCUGUUAGCCAGAAAACUGUUGUAACCAACCAAGAACAUAUUGCUGUUUCUUUAAGCAUAUUAUUUAAAAAAUCACAGGUAAUUAAAUCUGACAUAAGCCCCACC